AUGAAUUCACCUCUCAAAGAACUAGAAUAAAUAUAAUUAAGACAAAUAGAACAAGGCUACUAUUAGAACGAUACUGAAUAAAUAAAAUAAAUCCUAAAUUCCAUAAAAUUGCUUGCUUUUGAAAACCUAAGCAAAAAACAAAAAAAAUAGACUAUAAAAGUAGAAGAGAAUUAUAAGAGUAGGGAUUAAAAUGAAAUAGCGCAAUUUUACAGAAAUCAAUAUAAGUCAAUCGACAUCGUAGAAAGAUCUAAGCUAAGAUCUCGAAACAUUAAUCAAAAACUUAUCGAAUAUUAAAAUCGAAAUACACCUAAAAAUUUCAAAAUGGGUUUACCUUCACUUCGAUAUAGUGAAAUUGAAAGCAAUCCAGUUAAAUAAGCAGCAAAACCUGUUACAUCUUCUCAUACAGAAAGAAUCAAAUUUGAUAAGGCAAGAACUUUAUUAAAUAAAACCUUCAAUGAUUUUGCUCAAUAAUGGAUGAAAUGUGAGAAUAGGAACUCUCCUUCCUUAGUUAGGAAUGUCCCUAAUAUGAAGAAGGGAAACUCAAUUCUUUUGGAUGAACUCACCAGUAGGGCUCAAUCUAUUAUUGAGUCUGCAACCAUCAAUAAAAAGCUGAAAAAUAGAUUAUAUCAUUAAUAUGGAACACACACGCCUACUAAUAUAAGGGAUUAAUAAUUGGCUAUCACUUAAAUUUAAUUAGGUAAUCUUUCUUUCGAAAUACCAAAAUGUAAUAAAUUUUUAGUUGACCAAGAAAUGAGAAUCUUAAAAAGCAGAAUAGCUAAUAGAGCUAAACCGAAUAUCCUCGUGGUUGAUUAAAGAAGAAUGUAAGUAUGA